CAGUCACUUCCGCCCUGAAGUUAAUGGCGGCGUUCAGAAAAUUCUCGUCGUUUUGUUUUUUAUAAAUAGCAGAGUUUGCGCCCAAAUGGCACAAAGGGGGUCAAGUGACCAGACAGAUAUGGGCAAUAUUAACAAGGUUGCAAUAAAACCAGGGCGUUUGAAAGAUAUCCAUCAGAAAAUAAGGAUAUUAAACUUCAGAACGCUGAUCGACAACAUUCCAACAUCUAUAGACGAGGGCUCUUCAACUGUACUCAAGUAUAAAACGCCGAACUUUAGGGCUAGUGCGACAGUAGAAAUAGCGCCUUUGUCAGACAACCAUAAGUACAAGAUAGGCUGGAUUCAAGCCUGUACAGAUAUGAUGUUUCACAAUACUUAUUCCGAAGACGGACACACAAGCUGGGAAUUUCCAGAAUUAACUUCCGGUGCCCAGGAUAUGAUCAGCGACUGUGACGGACAUCAUUACCCGUGGUACGGUUCGAGAAAUGAGACAGUGACGUUCGACGGUCCAUGCAAGAUGUACCAGACAGCCACAAUCACAAUGAACGACAAUUUCCAUCCACAUGUCACGUGGCGCAAUCCGUCCAAUAGAAACCAAGGCCCACCAAACUUAACGCGUAUUGCACGUGACCAGAGUUUCUAUGUAUGGUUGGUGGUUUGGGACAUGACACUACAGAAAGCUUACAUUCUGAAAACAAUAAUGUGGAACAUGCAGCUUGAUAUUGCUGUUGAUCCCACCAAACCAUUGGGUCAGAGAGCUAAGUUAGUCAGCAACCCUGUACCAAAACAACCUGCAGUUCUAGAAGAUACUGUACCUAUUCCUCGCUGUGCAUUGAUGCCACCAAAUGCUAACAGUGCCCAGAUGUUGGUUUGGCGCCCCAGGGUCGGCAAGCCCAUUUGUAUUAUCCCUCCAGUAUGGAAGAAAGACGUUCCUAUUGAAAAACAAGUCCCACGUUAUGACAGCAAAUUAUGCCGACUCUGAAUACAACCAAUCUCUUCACAAUUUUUUUCCAACGAUCUUUCAUUAUUCAAUUUUACAACAUACAACAAUCAGUGCAAUAAAUGUUUACAUGAUUCUGUA